CAGGCACUGUCGCCAGGCUUCUCGGACCCAGCUGCGUAAAUCCUCCCCCGAGAAUGGAGUCAUUCUGCUCAACUGCCCUUGCUGCCUACAGCUGCGACUGCGCUUGCCUGUGAAUAGACCCAGCUUCAUUCCACACCGACCUCCAGAGCGGAUCCUUUAUAUCAGCAGUCUCCUCUCCCGCUCCUGGACCCGUCCUCCCAACAUCGCUGAUAUGAUUUUGACAUUGUUCCACAAUGCCGCUCCCCUUUGCCCUGGUUUGCGACCUGCUUGAACCAUCCUACAAGCUUUCGGUAUCCCGUAAGAGCAACGCACAUGUCGUGGCCGGUUGGUUUACGCGUCAUCGAGAUCGCGUCAAUGCACACGAUGCCAAUCUAGGUGCCCUCUUGUCCACAUUGCUGCCAGAAAAGAGAACAGAUCGGGUCUACUGCAUCCAGGUGCCUACUCUUGAAAAAAUUAUUGGUCGGGCGUUCUUUCUUGGGGCUUCUCGUAUUGCGGAAUUGUCACAGUAUCGACAACCUGGCUCGGGGGUUGAUCUGGCUGAUUGUGUUACCCGACUCCUCACCGUGACUCCAAAUCCUUCAUUCGACAAACAGCAUCAGGUUACGGUCGAGGAAAUUGACGAGAUCCUGCAAUCUCUGGCUUCCAGGGUGAAAUGGAGUUCCCCUGCCAUCCGAAGCUCCCAGGCUACCCUUACCCAGGGCAACCGGGGCGAUCUCGAAAAAGUUUACAGGCGUUUGAAUGCAAACGAGGCCAAAUGGUUCACCAGGCUCAUCCUCAAAGAUUACCAGCCUCUGUUGCUCGAUCCUCAUCUUAUCUACCGUCUUUGCGAUCCAAUCCUCCCUUCAGUGCUUAAAGUCCAGGACGACUUUUCUACUGCCAUUAAUACUGUUCAGGCCAUUCGGAGUAGGCUCUUGCCUACUGGGGCGCGCAAAACAUCUCGAGAGCGGAUACUCAGCUUCGUUAAGCCUCAGCUGGGAGUCAAGGUGGGGCGGCAACCCUGGAUGAAGGGACGAAGCAUCAAGCAUUCUCUUGACAUGGGUCAUGGGCGAAUGAGCGUUGAAGAGAAAAUGGAUGGGGAGUAUUGCCAAAUUCAUAUCGACCUCAGUAAAGGCGACCAAUGCGUCCAAAUUUUCUCGAAGAGCGGCAAGGAUAGCACUGAGGAUAGACAGGCGCUUCAUGGGAUCAUUCUAGAAUCAUUAAAAAUUGGACAGGGUGACGCAAGGGUCACAAAGGGUUGCAUUUUGGAAGGCGAAUUGCUUGUAUACGAUGAUUCCGAACAAAGAAUUCUCCCUUUUCAUAAAGUAAGAAAGCAUGUAUCUCGACGAGGCCGUUUUUUGAAUACGGAGCAGGACUCCUUGCCUGGGCCUCAUGAACAUUUAAUGAUAGUGUAUUACGAUCUCUUACUCCUAGACGACCAGUCCCUUAUCAAUGUUCGCCAUUCCGAGAGGUUCAAACUCCUCUCCAGCCUAAUUUAUUUUAAAAGAGGAUGGGCAGAGCUGGUCCAGCGCGAGGUCAUUGAUUUCGAUCAUAACUUGGGCGCAUCAAACUUGCGGAAAGUAUUUGCGAGGACAAUUCUAGGCAAAAAGGAAGGUCUUGUUCUAAAACCGGACGAUCCAUAUUUCGACUUUUCAGAUCUCCGACGACCAUUCUCAAGUUGUUGCAUUAAGCUCAAAAAAGAAUAUAUUGGUAAUUUCGGGGAUGUCGGGGACUUUGCCGUGGUUGGAGCUCGAUACGACCCAGUCAAGGCAAGAGGGUAUCGAAUUGCCGACUUGAAAUGGACUCACUUCUAUUUGGGAUGUCUUGACAACAGAGAGCAAGUCAAGAGAUGGAACGCCAAGCCUGAAUUCACUGUGGUCAACGUUGUGGAGCUCAACGAGACGAUGCUUAGAGAUGUCGUCACCUACGCCAACCCCAUGCCUGUUCCCUCCAACGAGAACACUCACCUCGAACUCAAGCUUACCCCGGGUGUUGAACAGGGCAUGCCGUUGGCGGUUGUCUUUACCAAUCCCUUAGUCUUUGACUUGAAGUGCUUCAGCUUUGACAAGGUGGGAAACACUGGAUUUUGGAGUUUGCGGUUUCCAUCAGUGACCAAGGUCCACUGCGAUCGUGACUAUACGGACACUGUCUCCUUUGAGCAGCUCCAGGAGAUGGCGAAGGAUGCCACUACGGCAAAGGUGUUGGAGGAUAGUCAGGAGAACCUGCAGUGGAUUGCGAAGCUCGAAGGAGCGGAUCCUCGAGGAGUCGCAGUGGAUGCCAUCAGCCAGCUCACCAUGACAACGAUGCCUACACCAUCGCCUCGAAGAUCUUCCCAGGCCUCGACCGUGGCUUGGACUCCGACCUCGCCUGUCGCUGCCAGGUUACUUCCCAUUGGACUAGAAAGCCCUUGUCACGAUCGAUUCGCGGGAACGCGCCCUUUGCCAGCCGUCACAAACGUCACAAAUGCGACUAUGUCUGCGCCCACUAUUCAAACUAAUUCGCCAACCGACAGACAUGUCAGCCACAAGCGCAUUUCCCCUCCAGCAAAGCCAUCAUCACCACACAAACGACAGAAAUUAAAGCAAACAUUGACCCAAACUACUGCACAGCCUACGCAGAAGCAAACAUCCUCGCAAACACGCAAACCUCUGACAGACAUCAAUGGCAACUCGCAGUCAGAUCCUUCGUCUUUCUCUUCCAUUCCACUUUGCAACCUACAACUCCUGCCUGAAGUAAUUGACCUCACUUCGUCACCCGAGGCAUCAUUCACAACUGCCACCACUUCAAAGUUCCGCUCCUCACAAAUUCCCCGCCCAACUUCUCCAAUGGAGGACACAACGGAUAUUAUAAUCUUAGACAUCGAAAUCCCCGACAGCGGGAUCCCCGACAGCGAGGAUCAACGAGUAGCUGACAAAGAGCUAUCGUUUCUGAGAGCAGAGGAAUAUGCCGCGCAUUCUCAAACUCCUGAACAGGCAGAGUCGCAAUCAGUGGCUCCCCUGCGAACCAGCUGUCGCUAUUCCGGAAGCGCAUGCCGGUUUGUAAAGACCGUCAUCUUGAUAGCCGCGGACAUUCUAGAUACCUCUGCCGAAGCAAAGUCUUUACUCCAUGGUCAUGGCAUAUUAGACCCCAUCGAGGAUCUUGACGGUUGGUUAGAACGAGAAAAGGCGAGGACUGUGGAUGACCAGCACUGGGAACCUCGCCCAAACACACUCCUGUUGGUCGACAGCGUGGGGCAGCAAGCAGAAACAAAGGCUCUCCUUGCAUCUGUUGAAGAGAGGAGGGCAUCGCUCCCAGAGGAUAGACGCGAUUGGGUGACAAUUUACGACUGGCGGGUGUUGAAGUACGUCACGAUCAUGGAAGAUGAGAAUGUCACGCGAAAGUAUUAUGAUGGGUGGCAUGAUCCGUGGAGACGGUGGUAUUGCGGCAUUGUGUAGUAGGGAUCCAACGACAAUGACUUACGAAACAUGAGUUAGUUUACGAAUUGCACCCGUUUUAAAAGCUUAGGGCAUUGUACCUAUC